ACGAACAGCCAAAAGGUGGUAGAAAGUUCAAAUGCUGAAACAAAGGUUCGCAGCCGUCCUGCACACAAUACAGACGCCUUCAGUAGCCUUGGCAUUGGUGAAGGAAGGACAUUGUGGACAAUCGCCAACAGCGUUCCUGCUUCUACAGCUGUAACAGGAAGCUCUCCAUCUCAUACUAAAAGGAUUGGAUCUAGACAUCUUGCACACGCUUCAUCUCCAGCGAUGAGGACCAGAAAAGGGAAUGCAGCCUCAGCAAGUACUGUGGAUAUGGCUGCACUUGAAACUGGGACUUUGAGCAGAAGUUCUCCUAAAAUGUCCAUUGGUUCACUUUCAGAGAGUAAUCAUUUAGCCACGGAGAACAGCUACCAUACAGACAGCAGCUGGAAUGCAGGCAUCACAACAUCCAACUUCCAUAGUGAAAGCAGGGGCAGUUCAACAGAAACAAAGAGAGAUGCAGAAAGGACUUCUCUGUUUCUUCCAGAGGGUGUCACAUUGACUGAUUCAACAAGGAGAAAUUCAAUUUCUGGCAGUCAAGCUAUCACCUCUUUUGAUCAAGUCCACUCAUCGUCUCGUGCAAUACAUUCAAGAGGAAUCGGCGGCACGUCAGAUGUCACAUCACUUCCUGAUUCUUCAGUGGGGACUGUGCUUACCCAUUCCUACUUUUCUCUGAAGACUACUGCUGAAGAUCGACACCUACAAGGGAGCAGCUCAAAUACAGAUAGAAAUUUUUCCACUUCUCCUGUGGAAAGUACAUAUAUUGUAGGACUUCCUGACAGAAGUGGAGAGAGGACAUUGCGAACAUUGCAAACUCUAAGAGACAUCAGCAGUUCUUACAACCCAACACAAAUAUCUACAUUCUCUAGACACAUUAUUUCAAACUCUGAUUCUCCUUAUAUAGAACAGACCGGACAAAUGGAUUUGUCGCCAGGGAACACUGAUCUUGCUGGAGCAAUGGCCUCACAGUCUCAGGCUCCCUCAGAAAGUAUAGCUGUGGAAGAGAGCGAUCAGCCAGGGAGCAGCCUGCAUAGAGACAGAAGCGUGUUGUCUUCUCAUACUGAUAGUGGCUCUGUUCUUGGUGUAUCUGACAGAGAUGGAGAAAGGACAUUGCCAACUCUGAGAGACAAUGCAACAGAAAUGUCUACGGACGUUAAACCAAAAUCUUCCAGUACUGUAGGCCUUACUCAGUUUUCUUCCAUGUUGACUCCAGUACAGACCACACAAAUGGAUGUGUCAGCCAGAGACAGUGUUAUCACUGAGGCAGCGGUUUUACGUUCUCAGACACCUUCAAAAAGAACAGCUGUAGAAGACAGUGGUCUACUGAGGAGGAGCUUGAAUACAAGGACAAGUGUUCCCAGUUCUCACAGGAGGAAGGUGUCUACUGUAGGUUUAUCCAACAUAAGUGAAGAGAUAUUACUAGCUCUGGAAGACACCAGUGGUUUUUACAAUGCCACGCAAAUAUCCACAAUCUCCAGUAAUAAACCUUCUAGCAACUUGGGCCUCACUGAUUCUUCUUAUGUAUCAACUCCAGUACAGACCAGAAAAAUGGAUUUGUCCCCAGGGGACUCUGAUGUCAGAAAUAUUACUCCCUCAGAAAUAACAGCUGUGGAAGAUAGUGGUCUCCUGAAGUGGAACUCAAACAAGGAGGAUGUUGUUUCCAGUUCAGAAGCAGAGAGUAUAUCUGUUCCAGGUGUAUCUGGCAGAGUUGGAGAGAGGACAUUGAGAACUCUAAGAGAUGUCAGUAGUUCUCUUAAUAAAGCAGAGAGAGCCACAACUUCUAGCAAUGAAGUCUUCAGUUCUUUGGGUCCCACUGAUUCUUCUUCUGUCUUGACUCCAGUAGAGGUUGGACAAAUUGAUUUGUCACCAGAGAACACUGAUAUUACUCCCUUGGAAUCAACAGCUUUAGAAGACAUUAGUCAGCCAAGGAGCAGCUCAGACACACAGAGAGGGGUUUCACAAUCUCCUAUCGACAACACAUCUGCUUUGGAUCUCUCUGACAGGGGUGGAGAGAGGACAUUACAAACGAUAAGGGACAUCAGCACUUCCCAUAUUGCAACACAAGUAUCCAUAAUCUCUGGCAAAGAAAUUUCCAGCUCUUCAGACCUCACUGACUUUUCUUCUAUGUUGACUUCAGUACAGAUGGGACAAACAGACUUGUCACCAGGGGACACAGAGGGAAUGGUUACAGAGUCUCAACCAGCUUCAGAAACAACAGCUGUUGAAGACAGAGGUCUGCUGAGGUGGAGCUCAAACACAGAGCAAGGUGUUUCCAGUCCUGAAUCAGAGAGUGCGCCUGUUCCAGAUCUGUUUGACAAAGGUGAAGUUAGGACAUUGCAAACUCUAAGAGACACCAGCCAUUCUCAUAAUGCAACACAGAAAGCCACAGACUCCAGCCAUGAAACCCUUCACUCUUUGGAUCUCACAGAUUCUUCUUCUCUGCUGACUCCAGUACAGACUGAACAAAUGGACAUGACAACAGGGGACAUGAAUUUCACACAAGCAACACUUAAACAUUCUCAGACUCCAUCAGAAAUAACAGGCCAUGGAAGCAGUCCUCAGAUGAAUAAAGAAUUAGAUGCAGAAAGAAGGCUUUCCAGUGCUGCUACAGACAGCGUAUACCGAUCAACCGCAUUCACACAUGGUGGUGCAAGAACCUCAAGGUCGCUUCCAGACAACAGCACUUCCACUGUAGCCAUAGAUAGUAGCACUUACAAAAGUGAUAAUUCCAACUCAUCAGAGCCGAUCCUGACCUUGGCAUCUGUAACAGAGAUGGAAAAAGACAAUGUCUCAUUAAGUGAAGAACAAUCUACUGGGCCUUCUACUGAGCACUUAUCUGAAUACUCCUCGUUAAUUCCCAUGUACUCACCUUCACCAAAGGAUUCAUCAACUGCCGGAAGCAGUCCUCAUUCGGUUAGAAGUUCAAACCAUCCACAGUCUUCUACUGAAAGCACCUACACUCUAGCCUCUUUCAGCAAUGGAGAAGGGGUAAUCAAAACUACAUUUUCCCAAGCAACUGAAAGUCCCUCAUUAAAUAGGGAAGAACUGGACAGCUCUGAAGUAAAUCCUUCCUCUCCAGAGGUAUACUCCAGAGGGACUGACCCCUCAACAGAAAACCUAGGUAUCUAUGGGUCUUCAACAGAGAUUCUUCAAAGUCUACAUUCACCAAGAACACCAUCUUACUUCUCCUUCCAAAGUGAAUCUUCAAAUACUGAAACAGACUCCCACCCGAUGAAUAGUAAUGAUACUGGCAAAAGGACCUCUGUUUCUCAUACUGACAUCACAUUCACCUCAACCACCUUCACAAGAGGUGGAGAAAGGACAUUAUUGUCUGUUUUAAACAGCAGUACAUUGCCAGAUUCAUCAGAAAGUUCCACUUUUCAUGUAGAAAUUUCCAGUCCUUCAGAGCUGACUCAGACCAUAUUUUCUGAGAACCAGAGUAGAAGUAACACAUCCUCAAAUUACAUGGACUUUUCUGCACCAUCCACAGAACCUUUGGAUGUAUAUUCCCAGAAAAUACCCGAGUACCCUUCUACAGUGAGUGAGCCACAUACCAUUCAGUUUUCUUCAAAAUCUGAAUCUAUAUUUUCCAGCAGCUCAUUCCCAUCUUCCUUGUCAACAUCACAGAAACAAGACUCAUAUUCACCAACUCAACCACCAACUUUGUUUUCAUCAUCAGAACCUUCCUUCCCAUCAUUAUCCUCCACUUUCCCAUCAACGUUAUCAUCACCCUCUCAAACCCCUUCUGUGACAUUUUCACAUAGGCUGUCAUCAACAGCACUACUCCCAUUGCCAUCUUUACGGCCUUCAGUUUCUUCAUCAUCUUCACCUUUACAGCCUAGCAGAAGUCUUGAAACAAGUGUUUCUAUGAGUACAUCUGGAGGGACAACUGGAUUAGACCCUCAUACAGCUGCAAGUGCCCACACUGAGCACAGCCACCAGACCAAGACAUAUAUGUUGAAGGAUAGCACAGUUCUGAGGUCAACAGGGCCUUCGCCUCUUCUAACAGAAAUGACUGAACCACUUACAAACCUUUCUUCACCAGUUACAAUCUCCCUAGAAGACACCCCAGCCACAAAAGGACAAAAUGUUUCUCUACAAGGGACUAACCAUGAAAAAAGUGUUCCCAUGUUGACUACCUCUCCCACAUACUUUCCAGAAAGUACCAUGGUUUCUGAAACAGCAAAAGCAACAACUCCUACAUUGCCAAGUACAACCACGCCAAAAGAUGCCUUUAAUUUGGUAGAAACAACAACAGGAAAAAAACUUACUGAGGUAACAUACACAACAUUGAGAAUACCUACUUUGGUAGCUGGUACAGAUGUUCUAGUCAGCACGAAGCCUCACAAAAUUCAGCCAUCCUCUACCAUGAUAACUUAUGCCACUGAAAUGCCUAUAAAAGGAACAAAGAAGACCAGCACAACAACUGCUGUAGUUCAAGAGCACAUAAAGACUACUACCCAGCCUCCCGUUAUGCUUUCUUCAAGCAAAACCUCUAGAGGGGCUUCACCUGUUCCCCCGGUUUCCACCAAAGCAACUACUAUUGUUUGGUUUGGAAGCACAAAAAUAUUUCCAGCUUCCCCUGGAAAAGAUGUAGAUGAGUGUCUGUAUAAUCCAUGCCCAGCCUUGGCCACAUGUACUAAUACACAAGGUUCCUUCCAUUGUACGUGUUCUCUCGGCUACCAGAUGGAAAAAGGAAAGUGCAAUUUAGUAAGAACAUUUGUUGGCCAGUUUCCACUUCUGUUUAACACAACUGGAGGGAAGUACUCAGAACUUCAUCAAAUUGAAGAAGGCAUCAAAAACAUGCUUAAUGAUUCCCUUUCAAUGCUGCCUGGCUAUUACACCUCAACUGUUAAGACAUCAAGGCAGUUGGGCACCAUCCAAGUGUCUGUCUUGAGCACAUUUUCCUUAAUUUCCAAUGUUACCCUUUAUGACGUUGUCAGCGCUGUGCGAAACCACAUUCAGGCCUGCAAGGCUCCCACAGAGACUUGCCAGUUCAUCUCUAACUUUACACUGCUGCACAGAGCUGGCGGUCUGUGUAAACACAAAGAUCCGGAAUGUGACAAAGAAACUUCUGUGUGUGUGGAUUUGGAUGGCAUUGCGGUUUGCCGGUGCAGGCCUGGAUACUUCAAGUACAACAAACUGGAUCAUUCGUGCAGAGCAUGUGAAGAUGGAUAUAAACUUGAGAAUGACACCUGUGUGAGUUGUCCAUUUGGAUUGGGAGGCUUCAACUGUGGGAAUCCGUAUCAGCUAAUCACUAUUGUGAUUGCAGCUGCUGGAGGGGGACUCCUGCUCAUCCUGGGAAUCGCUCUUAUAGUCACAUGUUGCCAGAAAAAUAAAAAUGACAUAAGCAAAUUCAUCUUCAAAAGCGGAGACUUCCAGAUGUCACCAUAUGCUGAAUAUCCAAAAAACCCUCGAGCUCAGGACUGGGGCAGAGAAAGUAUUGAAAUGCAAGAGAAUGGGAGCACUAAAAACCUAUUACAGAUGACAGAUGUUUACUAUAUGCCAACCAAUCUAAGGAACCCUGAGCUAGAAAGAAAUGGAAUCUAUCCACCCUACACUGGUCUUCCAGGGUCCCGACAUUCCUGCAUCUACCCUGGUCAAUACAACCCUUCCUUCAUUAGUGACGACAGCAGACGAAGAGACUACUUUUAAGGAAACCGAAGGAAGGCAAUCCAAGAGCAAGCACUCCACGUGUGGCUACUGGUUUCCUGGGUGCACUGUCAUUAAGACAACCAAGAUGCAGUCCCAGUGACAUAGUGAAAGGGGACUUUGAACCCUUCCAGAGUGAAACUCAGCAGCGGCAGGCACCAUUUCUAGCUGAUGUUGAACAGCAAACAAAAGAGAGGUGUAAAGAAGAAGGCAGCGUGCAGGUUGGUUGGAGAGACAAGCAAGAAGCGCGAUCGGAAUUCCGUGUGUUCCCGAAUAUUUUCCUCACCACUAACUGUGUUGUAUUACAUGAAUUUGAUAAUAGAUCACGAAAGCAAAACUAACACUGUGGGUGACACUCUAAAUCUUAUGCCACUAGGGUGUAUUGUGUUUACAAAUAAUAUCUAGUGUUGUGUUAGUGUUGCUCAACAUAUAUGCAAAACUGUCUGGAAUGAAGUUUGUGGAAAGAGACAUUUCUCUACCACUAGGUAUCUAUUCUUAGGUACUAGUGAGCUGCUCAAUUAAUAAUGGGCAUGUGCCCAGAAAGGUGGCCUAUGGGCAGAGCAUCCUUGUGGAUUAUGCAGAGUCCAGGAUACAAAAUAAUGUGUCCUCUUCCAUCAUGAUCUGUACUGUCAUUCUGUUAUGUUCAGAGCCAGUAUCAAGGCUGCUCGUUGCUUUCCUUUGUUUUUCCUCCUUCUUUGUAGACCAUAUCCAUGUUUGUUAUGAACAUUAGCCAUUGUCGUUUAUGGGCAACCGUGGCCUUUUCCUUCUUCGUGACCUUCCAUAUUACGAUUGUGUGUGUUCAUUCUCGUGCUCUAGAACAACUUGCGGCAAGUGUGUUCCACUCCUACAAGACUUACUCCAUCCCAGUUCAUCAUGUAGGUAUGGAGAUAAUGCUAAAGAUGGAGAGUUUUUAAAAGAUCAGCCAUGGGAGAAGUCAAUCGGGAAGCAAGAUGGCUUGACAUCUUGUGUUCCUAAGCUAACCCUCCUUUUAGCUUCUUGUUUGUAGAUUUUCUGAUGGCGAAAAGUCCCAAUCAGAAUUUGAUACCUGAAUAUUCUGUGGCAGGUGCACACAAAAGAUAGAUUGGGGUCACUGGCUGAUUUGCAGUAAAUUGGCUAGGAUUCCUGACCUUCUCAUAGCAGAAGGACUAUGUCCUUGGGGUAACUCCCUCCUCGGAGAAAAUACCCAGUAUGUAGAUCUGGUCUGUUUACAUUCUCUUGUUGCAUACGAUCUGCAAACAUAAUGCCUGACAGAUGGCCAAUGCAUUCAGCUGCAACAUCAUCUGCUAAUAGCACCAGCCGUCUUCCUGGGGUGUUCAUGCACACACAGAAGUCCACAUCCAAGUGUGUAUUGUAACCAUCCCUUCCGGUGAUGGCCCUAGAAUGAGGACUUUUGUUUUAGGUAAGAACAGCCAACCACCAUAGGCCCAUUUCUAUACAAAAAGUGCCAGUUCAUUCGGCUGACAAAAAAUGUUGCCGGACAUAAUUGGACAGCUGCACACUUUUAUUUAUACUUGCAUUGCAGACUUAACAAGCUUAAUAGGGAACCUAGGAUUCCAUUUCUGUUUGUGGAACUAGAAAGUCAUUACAAUGAAUUCUGAGGGGCCUUAGCACCGAGAUUCUUUGGGGGAAGUCGUCAUGAUCUAAUACCGAUACGUAUUUUUUGUGGAUGUGUACCUUUAAAAUAUGAAUAAUGUGCCCUGGGCAGAAUGUCUGCAAAGUGCUAUUCUGCUGUUAGAGGAACAAGCAAUAGCAAAACCUGAAGGCAUUUAUUAAUUUGUUGAGGCUGCAGUCCUAUAAUCCCUUCAAUUCAUUUUCAUUUUAUAAUAUUUAUCUCACCCAAUACGAAUCACAAGUACAAGAACAGAGGUAAUAAUAGAUAAGUUAUCAUUUUAAACUAUAUCAGCAGUAGCUGUCAAGUGAAUUCUGACUUAUGUUGACCUUUUUCAGGUCAAGAAUUCUCUGAAGUGGUUUUUUGGGGGGCGGGGGAGGAACCUCCUUGGGACUGUGCACCUUGCUCAAGGCCACACAGGCUGGCUCUACUCACAGGAGAACACAGUGUGGAAUCAAACUCCCAACCUCUGGCCUCACAUCUAGGUACCUAAACCACAGCCAGCCUUUAAAAUAUGAACUCAAGGGAUGAACCAUCACUCCCUAGAUAUGCCUGGCUGUCCAUUAAGACCUGUUGGAGAAGCCAAUGUUGACACCAUUUCAGUGUUAGGUGGUAACCUGAGUGUUCACCAGGGCCU